UAAUUGUCGUGCAGUCUUUAUGAUUGUGCAGUGGUGGCUGGGUAUUUACCAGGGAUCUGUCCUGCUACAGCAGCAACUGGCAAACUUGAAACUUAUAGACAAUGGGCGACCUGUUCGGCGUGGUAGGCUGGCUAUUUCUCCCAAAGUUCGCGUCAGACUGCGUGCUGCAAGGAGCACACUGGGUUCUCGCACGGGUGGCGCCAGGCAAAGUUCCAGCAGCACAUUCAGCAGCGUACAAUCUGCACCGGCGACUCUCGUAUGCAGUUGUUAUCAUGCUCUACCUUUUCUACACCCUGUAUAGCACAGAGAAGAGCCUAGGUACGAAUUACUACCAGCUGCUAGGAGUAUCGCCAUCGGGGGUUUCGAGUGCGCAGCUGAAACGCAAUUUCCGCAACCUCUCGCUGGCAUUGCACCCGGACAAGAACACUGGCAACGAGAUGGAGUUUAUUCAGGUCCAGGAGGCAUACAGGGUGCUGUCGACACCCACGCUCCAGUUUGUGUAUGACCGGGCGGGCGCCAGUGCGCUGGCGUGCCAGACGUGCAAAUCGGCCAACGACUACCUGCUUGCAGCAGUGCCUAGGCGGCUGGGCGUAUACGGAGCGUUUGUUUUCGGAAACGUCAUCCUGCAGGUAUUCCGGUUCGGCGUCAAUGGCAUAUACUGGCGGUACCUGGCGAUCGGGGCAUUUGCGGUGCUGGAGCUGCUGAUAAUGACGGGCAAGACGACGCCGGUGUUCAUUGGUGCCAUGCAGUUUGUGGUGCGGCAGCGGACGGGGUUCGAGAUUGCGCAGAUUCCUGCAGCAGGCCAAGACCAAGCGCCUGGUGGACAUGUUCCGCAACACAGGGCACCACAGCAAGCUGACGGGCGAGUUCGAGAAGGAGAUGCUGCUGUGCUCGACGCUGGGGUCCAGCUCGCAGUUCCACAAGACGUACGUCGAGCGGCUCAAUGCCGAGCGGGCGCAGAUUGAGCUUGAUAGGUGACCGAGGGAUUUGCGGACUUGCUUUGUAUCAUGUGGCCACGUGAGCAUGCUGGUUUC